CACACAAAGUCAAUUCUUCUUUUUUUUUUUUCCUUCAAUCCUCAAGUCCGCGGCCAUGGGUCGCGUCAAGCAGUUCAUCAAGAAGGCCCGAAAGGGCUUCAAGAAGUUCGUCAACAAGAUUCGAGGCCGACCUCCCUCGCCUCCGCGCUCACCUCACUACUCUCCUCCACUCCCGCCCAUUGGGCCUCCUCCUCCCCCUCCUCCAGCAAGGCCUCCGCCCCCGCCGUCGCCUCAGCUUCUGGAGAGGUUCCAAGAGCGAUUCCGCGCGGGUCUUCCCCCUCCUCCGAUUCUCCCUCCCGCCUUCUCCUCCGGCUCCGCCUCCCCCCCGGCUCCGCCUCCCCUGGUCUCCCGGUGGUCCCCGUCGUCCUCCUCCUCGUCCUCGGCCGCGCCUGCUCCCCUGGUGUCGAGGUGGUCCACCACCUCCUCCUCUUCGGCUUCGGCCGCUCCUCCCCCUGCCCCGGUCUCCUCGCCCUCCUCGGCUGCUCCUCCUGCUGCUCCAGUCUCCCGCUGGUCUUCCUCCUCCUCGUCAACCUCCUCCUCCCCUCCUCCAAACCAUGUCCCAGCGGAGGAGGGCGACGAGACGGAGGGCCCCUUCGGCGACUUUGCGGUGCUGAGGGAGUAG